UUUAUUAGAAAAUUAAUGUCAACAUGAGCUAAUUUAGGUCUUCAAGAUAGAGCUUCUCCUUUAAUAGAACAAUUAAUUUUUUUUCAUGACCACGCAUUACUGAUUUUAGUAAUAAUUACUGUUUUAGUAGGAUAUUUAAUAUUUAUAUUAUUUUUUAAUAAUUAUAUUAACCGUUUUCUUUUACAUGGUCAGUUAAUUGAAAUAAUUUGAACAAUUUUACCAGCUAUUAUUCUACUAUUUAUUGCAUUCCCUUCCUUACGAUUAUUAUACCUUCUUGAUGAAAUUAAUGAACCUUCAGUAACUUUAAAAAGAAUUGGUCAUCAAUGAUACUGAAGUUAUGAAUAUUCAGACUUUAAUAAUGUUGAAUUUGACUCAUACAUAAUUCCUACAAAUGAAAUUGCAAAUGAUGGAUUUCGUUUAUUAGAUGUAGAUAACCGAAUUGUUUUACCUAUAAAUUCACAAAUUCGAAUUUUAGUAACUGCCGCUGAUGUGAUUCACUCAUGAACAAUCCCUGCAUUAGGAGUAAAAGUUGAUGGAACUCCUGGACGUUUAAAUCAAACUAAUUUUUUUAUUAACCGCCCAGGAUUAUUUUACGGCCAAUGUUCAGAAAUUUGUGGGGCUAACCAUAGUUUUAUACCAAUUGUAAUUGAAAGAGUUCCUGUAAAUUAUUUUAUUAAAUGAAUUUCUAAUAAUUUAAAUUCUU